AUGGUGCCGUGUACGCGCAAUGGAGCAAGUGGGGGGUGGGGAGACAAGGAGAAACAGGGCUACUUCUGUCCGCGAGGGACCAAGUUCCCACAGCAGCACCCCUGUCCUGUAGGUACCUGGAGCAGCUCAGUAGGAGGCCAGAACCUGUCCUCCUGUUGGGCCUGCGCACCUCGGUUUUACUGCAACAGCACUGGACUCAGGCAGCCUUCGGGAAUAUGUGACACAGGUGCAGAAGUGUGUGAUGAAUGUCCACCAGGGACAUACUGUCUGUCUGGUGAGGCUGUCCAGCCCUGUCCAGCAGGUCACUACUGUCUUGGUGGGGGAGUAGAAGGCAUCCUACCCUGCCCGCCUGGCACAUACAGCCCUCGGUUAGGGCUUCGUCAAGUGGAGCAGUGCCUCAUUUGUCCAGCAGGUUUCUACUGUGAUGACUGGGGGCUGUUUGAACCUACUGGAUUCUGUCACUCUGGGUACUACUGCAUAGCAGGAACUAAGCAUGCCACCCAGUUUCCUUGUCCGCGUGGCUACUACAACCCAGAGCCCAUGACUCAGAGUCUGGACAGCUGCCUGCCUUGUCCUCCAGGACACUACUGUGAGAAGGAACGGCUUACCAAAGUGUCUGGAAAAUGCAAGGCUGGUUGGUUCUGUGUGUCAGCAGCCUGGAACUCUCAGCCCUUUGACCUUGAUAAUUACACAAAUGCCAACUGUCUGUGCCCAGCUACCUCCACAGGGGGGCGCUGUCAAGUGGGCUUUUACUGUCCUCUGGGCAGCUCUGAGCCUCUACCUUGUCCACCGGGAACCUUCUGUAAUAAAUCAGGUUUAGCUCUGCCAGUGGGACCGUGCUCUCCUGGGUAUUAUUGCGUUGGAGGAGCCACUGAGGCCAGACCAACCGAUGUGGGAACAGGCAACAUCUGCCCUCCUGGGACGUACUGUGUGGAAGGAUCAGGAGAGCCAGAGAUGUGUCCACCUGGAAGCUUCUCCUCGCUAUCUGGUCUGACUAAUGAGGCUAGCUGUCAGCCGUGUACAGCAGGGUUCUACUGCGGAGAAGAAGGCCUUAGGGCUCCUACUGGACCUUGCAGCCAAGGAUAUUGGUGUCCUCCUGGUCAGAGUGUAGCAACAGCUCUGCCGUGUCCUUCUGGUCAUUUCUGCUUAGAAGGUAGUUCAGCUCCAGAGCCCUGUCCAUCAGGAACAUACCAGGAUAGAAACAAACAGGGAUCUUGCAUGAUCUGUGAGGCUGGUGAGAAGAACAUAAACCCGUUUUAA